AGUUGUACUUCGGUGUGUAUUGUGCGUUAGUUACGGACCGUGAUACACGGUAUCCGCCGGUUACGAGUUCAUCAUCGAGUUCAAAUAGCGGUCAAGUGAAUGUCACAUCGGCAGUGAUGCCAAGUCAACCCAUAUCAACGGUACAUUUUCCCGACAUUCCAAAUCCAAAGUUUUCGGGUGUUACAGCCGAUUGGCCUGAAUUUCAAGAUGCAUUUGGUCGGUUGAUACAUCAAAAUAUGGCACUCAAUGCGAUUCAAAAGUUUCAUUUCUUGAAGUUAGGUUUGCCACCACACUGCGACAAAGACAUUCAUUUAAUGCCGCUCAGUGCACAAAACUACGCUACGGCAUGGGACAUGCUAGUGAAACGGUAUAACAUUCCGCGUAUUUUGCAUACGAGUCAAAUGAAUACAUUAUUCUCGAUGUCGACAAUACAAAAAGAACGUUCGGAAGACUUGAAACAUUUACUUAAUACCGCGAAUGUGUGUCGUAACGAAUUGCGUCGUUUAGAAAUUCCGAUUGACAAUAGUGAUCAUUGGUUAGUUUAUCUUUUAGUGACAAAAUUACCAAAGGAAACUCAUUCGAAAUGGGAAUCUCAUCUCGGAAGUCGUACCGAUAUACCAACUUUUACGGAUUUUGAGACAUUUAUGAGUCAACGCGCAAUCACCGUCGAUGUGAUGGAAAAUCGAAACACCGUUAUGCAAGGUGCAUUGAAUACAAUCAAAUCAAUUGAUCAACCGAAACCGAACAAUUCUUCGAAUGUGUCAAAGUCGUCUCAACGAAAUCAACGAUUUGAACGAAAAUCAUUCCACGUUAUCGCUACUCAAUCAAAGGUGGAUAAGUGUGUUGUGUGUGAGGGUAAUCAUAUCCUGCGAAAAUGCCCAGUUUUUCUGGCCAAAGACUGCUUCGAACGAAAGGCUAUCGUCGACAAAAAUAAAUUGUGCCUCAAUUGUAUGAGUGGCGCUCAUUUCAUGAGCCAGUGCUCAAGCCAGAGAAAUUGUCAGCAAUGUGGAGGCCGUCACCACACGCUCCUACAUUUCACUUUCAACGGUAAUUCCGCUGCGACUACGGUAAAUACACAACCUGUCCAACGAAUUCAAACCCUUACUACCAGUAUGGCUCUGGCAAAUAAAGAACCGCCCAAGGUUCUCUUGGCCACAGCAUUAAUUCCAGUCAUCAACGUUGUCACGGGAAGAAAAUUAGUGCUGCGCGCUCUUAUCGAUCAAGCUUCAGAAGGAACGCUUAUCACUCGGCGAGGUGCUAACGCUUUGGGUUUACGUCGAACGCCCAUGGUCACUGACGUCGAUGGAGUCGGUGUUAAUUCGAAUGUCAGCACAGAAUGCGUAAGUUUUGCAUUGCAAUCCAAUCUCAAUGAAAAUUUCGAAACAUUUGUCAACAUGGCAUUCGUCAUGGAUCGAAUAACGGCACCGUUGCCGAGCAAAGAAAUUGUUCCACAGGAUUGGCCACACAUUCGAACACUUGUCCUCGCCGAUCCAACGUAUUUCAAGGUAGGUGAAAUUGACCUGCUCAUCGGUACCGAAAUGCAAGCUGCGAUACUGUUACCUGAUCAACGCAUCGGUCAACCAGGUCAUCCAGUUGCACAAAAUUCUCAUUUCGGAUUGUUUGGAAACACGGAGCCGCCGGCUUCUGAUUCACCGACCGUGUCACCGCACGGCAAAAUUAAAAAUUCUGUACGCUGUUUUCACACUACAGUCGACGCUCAACUUGAUACGCUUGUACGGAAAUUCUACGAUAACGAACAAGUGCCCGAAGAGCGUGCACUUUCUCAAGAAGAUCAAUGGUUCAUGGACUUCUUCAAACAGACAACAGUUCGUCAACCCAACGGAAAAUAUUUGGUGCGAUUACCAUUCAAAACCAUCUUCGAUCCAACUCAAACGAUAGGGCGUUCUCGACAAAUCGCUCUCAAUCGAUUUCAUCAGCUCGAACGAAGGCUUCAACGAAAAGAGGGUUUGAUGGAACGCUAUGCAAAAGGUAUGCACGAAUAUUUUGAAUUAAAUCAGAUUCUUCCAUCCACUACCACAGAAGAACAGCAUUGCACGUUCAACGAAGUCAAUCAGUUCACGGUUAGUGCAUGCGUUUUGGCCCAUCACCACGUUUUGAAGGAAGACAGUUUAACAACCAAACUGAGAAUCGUGAUGGAUGCUUCGGCAAAAACAUCGAACGGAAGGUCUCUGAAUGACAUUCUGUGCGUCGGACCAGCGCUACAAAAUGAAUUACCAUCCGUAAUUCUGAAUUGGAGGUUGAACAAGUUCGUAUUCACGUGCGAUAUACAGAAGAUGUAUAGAUGCAUCGACAUGCAUCCCGACGACAUAGCAUAUCAAAAAAUAUUGUGGCGAGACGAAAGGAGUGAGAUCCGAGAGUAUUGUCUUACCACCGUCACAUUUGGCACAGCGCCAGCCCCAUGUAUCGCCAUCAGUGUGAUUCAUCUCAUCGCUGAAAAUGAGAAAGCGCGAUAUCCGUUAGCCGAGAAUGUGCUAAAAAAUGAAAUGUAUGUUGACGACAUACAAACCGGCAGUCAUUCAAUUGAAAAUGCAAUCGCCAUCCGUGAUCAUGUCACAGGUGCACUUGCGUCAGCAAUGGAGUUGAGAAAAUGGGCAAGCAACACGCCAGAAUUGCUCGAAUCAAUUCCAAAGGAACAUCAGUGCAGUAGCACGCUCUUGGAUAUGGAUAGCAACGAAACGGUCAAGACAUUGGGAAUGUGUUGGAAGCCGAGCGACGACGUUUUUAAAUUCACCAUUAAAUUCGAUUUACCAACGAAUAUCACCAAACGUUCGGUAUUGUCCACCACCGCACGUCUUUUUGAUCCAAUGGGAUUCAUUGCACCAAUGAUCGUCGCAGCAAAAAUGAUUCUCAAACGAAUUUGGAAUUUUCGCCACGAAACAUCAGCCGAUGAAAACGACGAGAGAUCAAAAUUGAGCUGGGAUGAACCAGUUCCUGAGCCGCUCUGUUCACAGUGGCGACAAUUCAUCAGCGAAUUACCAUCGAUUAAUCAAAUCUCCAUCCCGCGUUGGAUAAGUUAUUCACCGAAUCAAUUAAUUCAGUUGCAUGUAUUUUGUGAUGGAUCAUCGAGCGCUUAUGCAGCGAAUGUUUAUAUUCGUCUUCAAGCCGAAGGCGAACGGGUUCAUACGCACUUGAUUAUAGCCAAAAGCAAAAUUACACCAACAAAACCGCUCACAAUUCCUCGGACGGAACUUUGCGGCGCGGAAUUAGCAACGAGAUUGGCUGCUUGGGUGAAGAAAAAUCUCCGCAUUGACUUCAAUCACGUACCGAUUUACUUUUGGAGUGAUGCCACAAUCGUUUUGCAUUGGAUACACGGCGAUAUCACUCGAUGGAAAACAUACGUUGCAAACCGGGUGAGUAAAAUUCUAUCGAUCUCAUCCACUAGUAUGUGGAAUCAUGUAGAUACAAAGGACAACCCAGUUGAUUGUGCCACUCGAGGUUUGACGCCAUCCGAAUUGGCGACGUUUGAUUUGUGGUGGAAAGGACCGACUUGGCUCACUCAAUCACCCGACGUCUGGCCGAAGUUCAACAACAAAGAGCACAAGUUCGAUGAUGUCACACUCGAAGCCAAAACAAAUACCGUUCAUGUGCACGUUACCAUACCCACUGAAUCGGUUGUAUUCCACUAUUCAUCGCUAAUUACCUUGAUUCGUGUCGUCGCAUGGGUUUUUCGUUUUCGGCACAACAGUCAAAAGAUUAAUCGAAACAAUCGACGAUGCGGUUUAUUGUCGGUCAUCGAAAUGAACCACAGCCGAUUAAAAUUAGUGCAGUUAGUUCAACGUGAAGCAUUCGGCAAAGAAAUUCACACCAUUCAAGCGAACGAAUCGCUGCCGAACAACAGUCGAAUCAAAGGUUUGGCUCCAUUCAUCGACCAGAACAAUAUUAUUCGAGUACGGGGCAGAUUACAGCGUUCAAAUUUGCCGUACGAUCAACGUCACCCUAUCAUCAUGCCGAAAAGUCAUCACUUCACUCGAUUGCUUAUUGAUCAUUCGCACGAAGUCACAUUGCAUGGAGGUGUGUCACUCACGUUAGCACAUUUACGUCAUCAAUAUUGGUUGGUCAGCGGCCGACAAACCGUUGCAUCUCGUCUACGGAAAUGUGUGACAUGUUUUCGAAGCAAACCUGAAGUAUCGAGUCAAUUGAUGGGAAAUUUGCCAUAUCAUCGAGUCAAUCCACCGACGAGACCGUUUGUAGCGACGGGUGUUGAUUACACCGGUGCCAUCGAACUGAAAUCAUCAAAGUAUCGCGGAAACACUACAUACAAAGGAUUCAUUGUGGUGUUCAUUUGCCUUGCGACGAAAGCAGUCCAUUUGGAAGCAGUGACAGGUAUGUCAACCGAACAUUUUCUUUGCGCAUUACAUCGAUUUAUCGGUCGCAGAGGUCUGUGCCAACACAUGUUCAGCGACAACGGCACCAAUUUCAUUGGGGCAGACAAUGCGCUCAAUGCCAAAUCAAUUGAAACAGAUAUCGUACCAAAGCUCGCUGAAAGAGGCAUUCAAUGGCAUUUCAAUCCGCCUCAUUCACCCAAUUUCGGUGGUUUGUGGGAAGCCAACGUUAAGUCAACAAAGUACCACUUGAAGCGCAUCAUCGAAGGCACACGAUUAACAUACGAAGAAUUGUCAACCGUAUUA